AUGGCACCUCUCUCAUCGAGGACAUUCACCCUCGCGGUCGGUGCUCUCGCCCUCACACCACUGACCUCCGCGUGGACCCUGACAUGGCGCAACUCGACCGCCGGCGCCACCAUCAUCAAUGAGAACAAGGCCGAAAACUGCACGCGGAUCUGGCACCAGAAAGGCCAACCCUUUGCCUGGGAUCCAGAGGGAAAAUGGUGCAUGCACUUCUACAAGGACGCGGAAUGCUCCCAAAUCGCCGGCUACGCCUGUGACGGCAGGGUCUGGCGCCAGGACGCCAGCCGCGAUCUCCCCGCUUUUGACGUCUUCCCCAUGCCCCCGGAGUCUGUCAGCGUCAUUUUCCCGUCGACCUCCUCGAAGAGUACCACCGCCUCAUCUACAUCAACAACUCCCACCUCCACCGCCGUAACAACCACAGCAGCAGAAUCCCAAUCAGCCACUUCAGCAGCGGCAUCAGCCACACCGACCCCAUCCCCAUCGUCCUCCUCCAUCUCUGGCGGCGCCAUCGCCGGAAUCGUCAUCGGCGCAAUCGCCGCCGUCGGUAUCAUCGCCGCCCUUUUCUUCUUCUUCGGAAGACGCAACCGCAAGCCAGCCGCGCCUGAUACCGACCCACGCUCUGCAUCCCCACAAACACCACAAUUCCCACCGGGUUCACCACUAGGCCUCGUCUCAACCAACGACACAGCCGGGGCACCAGCACCAGCAUACAUCGUCCCGCACAAGCAGGAACUCGCCGAGAUGGAGAUGUCCCAGGCGUAUCCGCACGCGCAUGGACAUCCGCGCGCAUACGCAGGCUCCAAGUUCGUCGAGUUACCCGGCAACGGGGCGGAGGCGGAACUGAGCAAUAGCCGACAGGUGCACGAGAUGGAUGGGACGAGUGAUAUCAAGAGGCCGAUUUAUGAGGCUGCUUGA